CAGAAAUUUGUUUUUUCGCCUUAACACGCGUGAGUUUUGAUUCACCAUCUGGCACGUUUCGAAUUAUCCUAUAUAAUCCGUGCAUUUUCAGGUAAGUAUUACACACACCGGCAACCAGAGAAACAUCACACCGAAAUGGUUCAGGUGGAGGAAUCCAAAAUUGCCGCCAUCGGGAAGGUUUUAAACGAUAAGAACCGCCCCCUGAAGGAACGAUUCCGGGCACUGUUUACGCUUAAAAACAUUGGCGGUGCUACGGCACUCGGUUCCAUCGAACAUUGCUUUGACGACGAUUCGGCCCUGCUGAAACACGAACUGGCCUACUGCCUCGGUCAGAUGCAGGAUCGGGCUGCGAUUCCUAUUUUGGUAAAAGUACUGGAAGAUGUGAACCAGGAACCGAUGGUUCGGCACGAAGCUGCGGAAGCAUUGGGAGCUAUCGGUGCAGCAGAAGUAGAAGAUAUUUUGACUAAAUAUGCCAAGGACCCUGUAGUGGAGGUUGCCGAAACGUGUGAAAUUGCUCUAGGGAGAAUUCGUUGGUUAAAGCAAAAGGAAAAUGGCUUUGUGGACAACAAUCCUUACGCAUCGGUUGAUCCUACACCACCUGCGCUAAGCACCGACGUUAAGGAGCUACAGAAGAUUCUGUUGGACGAAUCGGAAACGCUCUUCAAUCGCUAUCGAGCUAUGUUCAGUCUGCGAAAUUUGAGAACGCAGGAGUCAGUCGUAGCGCUAGCGUCUGGAUUGAAAGGCAAAAGUGCUUUAUUUCGCCAUGAAGUUGCUUUCGUUUUGGGACAGCUGCAAGAAGAAUGCAGCAUUCCGUUUCUGGAAGAGAGCCUGCGUGAUCCUUUGGAAAAUGAGAUGGUUCGGCAUGAGUGUGCUGAGGCACUGGGAGCGAUUGCUACGGAAGAAUGCACCCGCAUUCUGAAUGAGUACCUUAGCGAUGAUAAACGGGUGGUUAAAGAAAGUUGUGAGGUGGCCUUGGACAUGUGUGAAUAUGAGCACAGUCCCGAAUUUCAAUACGCAGAUACGUUGGUGAAAAUAUCGGACCAUACACAAUAAACUAUCAAUCAGCA